UACCUCAGCAAAGUAACAUUUUAACUGGGCAAUUGAAAAUACACCAUUUAGGACUCAUUUGUUUUUGUCCAAUCAACGCAAAAUAAUGUCAGCUACUUCGGAGAAAUUUUCCAUGUGUAACUUCCUUUUAACGGCCUGAAUCGACGACACCGCACCGGUCUCUUUAAUAGAAUGGCUUCUCCAUACAUGAAGGAUUCAGUCUGGCUUCAGCAAAGGAAGUUUGAAGAUGCUGAGGCAUUUUACCAGAAAGUGCUGUCUGGAACACAAGCUACAGGAGCCCAGCAGGCAGGACCAUCAGGCCAGAAAACUGAGACAAGCUCUAUCAAAAACGAAAUCGCUCAGGCACGACAACAUAUACAAAAUGUUUUGAGAUCUGGUGGAUGUUCUGGGGCCGGAGCUUCAUCGGCACCCUCUGGUGGUGGGGAUGCUACCGUGAGGAUCGAUAACCUAGAACGCGAAAACAAGGAACUCCGUACUGCUGUGGAUGAGAUGAAAGCCCUUGUUCAGAAGCUGGAGGGACGUGUAAGGGUCCUGGAAGGUGGAUCAGGUGGUACCCCUGCUAAGGCCCCUGCUAAGGCCCCGGCUGCAGCUGCUGCAGAAGAUGAUGACAGUGACAGCGAUAUUGAUUUGUUUGGCAGUGACGAUGAUGAAGACAAAGAAGAACUAGAAAGAAUCAAACAGGAACGACUAAAAGCUUACCAUGAGAAAAAAUCUAAAAAACCAGCAGUUAUAGCAAAGUCAAGUGUUAUUAUGGAUGUAAAGCCUUAUGAUGAUGAAACCGAUAUGAAGGAAGUUGAAAAUUCACUACGCUCGAUAAACCAGGAUGGUUUACUGUGGGGCGCUGCAAAACUGGUUCCUUUGGCAUAUGGAAUCAAGAAACUGCAGAUAGCCAUAGUUAUUGAGGAUGCCAAAGUCUCUGUGGAAGAUUUAAAAGAAAAAAUUACAGAUGACUUUGGAGAUCAAGUUCAAAGUGUAGACAUUGCUGCAUUCAACAAGCUGUGAGGAGGUUCGGUGUUCAAGGCUGAGAGUGUUAUGUGAAUAAUAAAUCAUCCUAGUGCUAAAUCA